CGAAGACGCAGUUUAAAUGCGGGUCAUCGCACUCGUGGGCGUGGGGCCCAAGGCAGCAAACAACAUGCGGGGGGUUAUCUAGGGAGAAGGACUGGACCCGGUUGCUUCGCACUCCCCAAACAACAGGAAUGGCUAAAGCUUGUUGGGCGGAAUAUCCAGGGCAGACAUUUGCGACGCUUUUCCGCCUUUUGCGGGUAGAGGGCCCGCAUCUUAGCCAUCCGCCACUCACCUGGCUGAAGUCGACUCACUUGUGUUCGUUCCUACACGCCAGCCUUCUUUGCGGAAGCAUUUACGGUUGUUUUCUUGAUGCUGCCGCUUGCUCGAUGUUGUUGGCGAUGUGCCGAGGUGUCCUACCCGUGCAUGGGAAUGGCUCCUGUGCUAUGAGGAGUACCGAACCAACACUCUCGGUGAUCGAUGGAGGUCGACCAAAAUCUGAAAGGCUCACACAGCCAGAGAUCUUUGGUUGCCUUCUGCUUCCUGGCAAAGGACGCUCUUCGUCGGAAUUGGUUUGCAAAUUCGCGGCGGACGUCGUCUCAGCGGUGGGUUACAGCAGUGGCAGUCCGUCUCAACACCCAAAUGAUCUCAAUCCGAAACUAGGGCCAAAUUCCCCUUCAAAAGACGUUCGUCGAUGGAGCGUUAUCAAAUGAGCCAGGUAUAAGCGCCUACAGGCUUGGUAGCGCUCUUUUGCACGAAAGCUCCACGACUUUGCUCGCUCAUCUACUCCUUCCCGGUCUAUCGCCGAUCGUCUCACGCAUUACUUGGAGGCCUCUUCACUGUAGUUUGGAUUGCCCUGUACCAUUAGAUAGCUUUUUAGUCCACCGUCGGGUCAUGCAGGGCUAGCAUGAGCUCAGAUUGCGGUUGGAGAGGCACGAAAGCUACACCGGCGCAUACUGGAGGAAUUCAAGAGCGUGGGUGGUGAGAAGCAAUUCCUGGUUCUACUGGGAAACGCUGCUAGGCUGGGUGGUUGUUUGGGGUUAACAUCCAGACCCAAGAACAGCAG